AUGGACGUCGGCGGCGAUCCCCACGCCCAAGAGGAAGUCGAAGACGACCCCAUCCCGAACGAGCUCGACAACGCGCUGGUGCACCUCCUGCCGGCCAUCAAGGCCUGCGGCAGCGACCCGAGCCUGCCGACCUACCUCGACUUGGCCACGUUCGAGGAGCUCGCGGGGCCCGUCCUGCGAGAGGGCGCCGUCAGCGAAGGCGGCACCGGAAAAGAUGGCGGUGGCAAGCGGUGCCUUGACGAGAGGGUUUCGGGGGAGAUCCAGGUGGCGUUCCGGCACUGCAUGCACGAGGCGGGGUUGGCGCUGGCGGGUCUGGAUGUCGGCGGCGCGGGUGGCGGGAAAGGAGGAAGAAGGGCGGCGGCGGAACCGGGGGGUGCAGCGGCGUUGUCGGGAUCGGAGCCGAUGGCGGAGCCUAUGGGAAUCCUGUCCCUCGCCCUGGCGUUCGUGGCUAACGAGGCCGGCCUCGACAAGAGCGACGGCGGCGGCGACAGCUGGAGCAUCAAUCAAGUUCUCACCGCGCUGCCGCUGCUGCUGCUCGAAGACUUCAUGGAGUCGCAGGGAAGAACAGCGUGCAAGGAGUUCUGGUCGGCGUGGGUCGAGCCGAACUCGGAGAGGCUGUCGAGGCUUGUCCCGCUGAAUAACGGGAGGUAUCCCCUCAUUCGGCUCUGCAAUAAGCUGGCGCAGAGGAUGAGCAAGACGCACGACUCGUCCCUGUGUGGGCAGAUGCACAUGUUCCUAGGCAAGGCGCUGGAUUUCUUCGAGCGGAGCGCCGUCAACGUCUCGGGCAGCAUCAACCUCGACAACGUGACCAGGUUCGAGGACGAGGAGCAGUUCCGGCGUGCGAUGAUGGGGUUCGACGGAGAAGAUGAGGCGUCAUCUGGGACCGGGGCGGCGGUGGCCGCGGCGCCCGCAGCCAAAGGCGGCGGUGACGCGAUGGAGGUCGAGGUCGAUGCCCCAGCAGGUGCUGCUGCUGCCGCCGCCGCGGGAGGCGGCGCAACCAAGCUGAAAGAAGGUGCCAACCCACAAGAGUUUGCGGUGCACUACCCGCUGUACCGGUCCUUCUGGAGGCUGCAGGAGUACCCGCUGCAGCAGGACAAGGUGGUGAAGGGGGAGGAGACCAAGGCGACGUGGGAGGCCCUCCUUGCGGACGUGGAUAAGAUUCUGGGUGCCUUCGAGGCGAACGCGUUCUCGGAGCACGACCUGCGCCUCGCCCGCGAGAAGUGGGCCGCUGACGGCGGCGGCGGCGGCAGUGGUUUGUCGUCUCCGUUGUCAUCCGCCGCGACGGCGGCAGCGGCAAAGGGGUCAGCAGCAGCGGCGGCGGCGGCGGCUACUACGCCCGGUAAAAGAAAACGGGGAGGGGGCAGGGCGGCGGGGGCGGCGCCGGCGCCGGCGCCGGCAGCGAGGGAGGUGGCGGAGGGCGAGAGCGAGGAGGGGGGCCCCGUGUACUUCGGGCUAAAGUACCUGACGAGCUCGCGCUUGUUGAGGCUGCAGCUACGGGACCCCACGCUGAGGCUGCAGGUGCUGACGCAGUGGCUGAUUCUCGCCGCAUCCCUCAAGAAUAAGGUGGCAAAUGCGAAGGACUCCCCGAAUUCGGUGGAGGACCUCAAACCUCGCAUCGAGCUCGCGAAGAGACUGGUCAAGGCGACGCCGCCCCGGGGCGAGGAGUACCUUAGCAUGCUGCAGGUCGUCCUCAACCGGGAGACUUUCUGGACGCAGUGGAAGGACGUGAACAAGUGCAAACUUGCGAUGACCGCGGCGAAGGAGGAAGAGACGCAGAGGGAGAAGGACAAGGCGGCCGGGGUCGUCGCGCGCGCCCCGUCGUACCCCAACAAGCGGCCGCGGCCCUCGGCCUCCGUGGCGGCGGGGGAGAGGGCCAAGUACUCGCCGCUCGGGGCCGGCUUCCCGCUGGAGAGGAUGGUGAGCAAGCUGCGGGCAGGCGUCCCGACGUCUCAAGAGCACCUCGAGGACCAGCGGAUGUGUGCGGAGGACCCGGAUACUCCCGCCUCGGAACUGCCGAGCGCAAGCCCCCUCUACACCUGGCGGGCGCUACGCCUGCUCGGCAGGGAGAACCCGGCGAACCUCGUGGGCUGCUACGACGGAGACCUUGUCAAGGCCAUGGAAAGACUCGACAAGGCUCAAGCCGAUGCCGAGGCGGCGGCGAAGGCGGCGGAAGAAGCGGCGGCGGCGAAGGUGGUGGAAGAAGCGGCGGCGGCCAAGGCAGCGAAAGAAGCGGCGGCGGCGGCGGCGGCGGCGACGGCGGCGCCCACACAACCGACUAAGGAGGAACCUACCAUAGACCCUCCUGCGGCAGCAGAGGCAGCACCUGCGGCCGAACCGGUGGGAGGAGAUUCCACGGCAAUGGCUGUAGACGGAGAAGAGGAGGGCCGGAACGUGGAGGUCAAAAAAGAAGCGGCGGCGGCGUCAACAAGUGUCACGGAAGGCGCGACGGCAACGGCCGCCGUUGAGGGAAGUAGCGGCAGCGUCGUUAGCCCACCACAAGAAGAAACACCCGACGGCGGCGGCGGCAGCGGCAGCGAGAAGACGAACGCCGUGGCGGAUUCAACGGCGCCUGCUACGGACGCAGGGAAGGAAGCGUUGGCGGAGGAAACCCCAGCGGCGGUGACGGCAGCGGCGGCGGAAAAACCCGCGCCUUCACCUGCCAGAGUGACUAGGAGAAGCUCGAAAAAGUAG